GUUCCCUCAAGUUUUUUGUUUUUGUUUUUGGCAAUCUCCCUUUCAGAAGGUUUGCUCCGAUGGUCUAAAAUCUGCAGCUUUCGACAGGGGUUAAUACUCAAGAAUGCCUUCCAAAGGACAUAACGGAUGGGGCAGGGCGCUACCCAACUAUUUAUGGCGCAGUGCAUAUUAUGAUGGUCAUCUAGGCUGUCAAGAAGGUGGUACGCAGCCCAGAACCUCCAGGAACAUACUGCUUAGUAGCACCGUUUGCUCGCACUAGUCAAAGCAAAUUAAGUGUCAUGUAAUUGCGAGUGGACAGGCCUGAUUUAAUCUGUCAUUGUCAUGCUCCUUUUGUCUUUGUUCAACAGGUCCUUUGAAGGAUCUGAGAUUUGAGGGCGUAGCUGGUCCUCCCGAUAUAUAUAUUAGGCCCUACCGCGUAUAUCAGUCAACUUCAUUCCCACUUCAUAAAAGCCGAACAUUUGGAACAUCGAUUCACCACCACCUACAUUUUUACUAUUUCUCAAUAUCUUAUUUCUGCGAUGGAGCUUAACUACGUCGUAACAUUCUGCUCUAUGUUGCUACAUUCCUAGCACUGGAAUCGCGGGUUGCUGCCCUUCCCUUACUACGAACUUGCCGAGCCCUAUAUCAGGGCGGUGCACCCCUCCUUCUCAAGAAACCGAUUUGCCUUUUCUUGGCCCCCCGGCGUGCCCAUUACACAGAGGCAGUCUUAGACUUUGCGCUGAAAGACUGGCCUUCCCGUCUCGGUCAUCUUCACUCAAUUCGGCUCUUCCCUAAUGCUGAUGUCCCUGAGGAACGCGCAGUUCUGACAGCUACGUUGUCGAAGUUGUUCUUCGGCGCGCAGGGGCUUCGUUUUCUGCAGCUGGAUAUUGAGUGGUUUCUCAGGAUGUUUCCCCAGCUAGAGCCGACAUUGCUCAGCCUCAGAUCUCUUACAAUGAUGCGCAUCGAGGGUUAUUGGUGUGACAGAAUCCCUGGAUUUCUUCGCGAACUACAUGCACCGCUCACGGAGAUUACACUCAGUCUUGACCGGGUAGUGGUGGAUCCAGCCAGCCUUCUGGAAGACUUCAAGGAGACUCUCACUAUUUUGGAAAGUGACGUGUCGACCAAUCCGUGCUGGUCGGAAAGUAGGACUGUUACUUACCCAGCCUUACGGUCACUAUCUUUUAGUCUCCAAAGCUUUUUCCGGACCGACGUUCUGAUAUCUAACUACCCAAACCUACAACAGCUUGAAGCAAGACUUGAUCAGACGGCCAUCGACGAUACUAGUAUUCAGCAGUGGCGUGACAGAAAUAAAAGCUCGCAACUCGACGAGUUGUGCCAAUGGAGAAAUCUACGUCUGAUAUGGGGAGAUGCCGCCGCGCUCUAUUGUCUCGCCAUAACCGGCAAAGUCCAGUAUCUCUAUCUUAAUCUAUGGCACCCCCAGGACAUUGAGAAGGUGGCCGAAAUCUGCCAGGAUAGUCGACCUACCUUUUUUGCACUGAGAUCAAUCGACAUCAACAUAUGUGACAUUGAGAUGCUCACAGAAAUUGUAGUCGCCGCUCCUUACCAUGCCAUGACGCUUGGUUUCUCCUUAAAUGCAUCUCAACUGGUUAUCGAGCACUACUUAUGGAACAUAGCGACCUGCUUCAAGAAUCGUCCGCUACGAGUUUUGCAGUUGUCUUUUGGUUGGCUUCCCGCCUCUAAUGAAGAGUAUUCCCCCAGCUGGAAGACUUGGGUGUGUGACUACAUCCUCCAGUAUCCCAUCCAUUCCUUGGUAGAGAGCCUUGCCAGGCAGGCACCGAAACUUCAAGAGGUCUAUGUCACCCUCGAUGUUUUACACAUCAAGCGAGAGGAAGGCUAUCGGGUCUCCCACAAUCAACAUGAUGUUAUCGUGGAACAGCUCGCUUCGGAAGCAUUCAAAGAAAUGAAAGAAAUGGAGGAGUCCGAGCAUCCGAUGGAGAGACGUUGGGGUGAUUCAAUGACCGAGUCUUCACUUCCGAGCCUCUUAUAGACAGUGUUAGAAAGUGAUUCUUCACCUACAGGGUCUUGCAACCUGUUCAUGUCACAUCCUUCGAUAUUAGUAUAAUGGCUGGCAUUUUUAUAUCUUCGAGCCUAUUCAAAUAUUCAUCGUACAUGCAUAUUCAUCUUUAUGACGCACUGUCAGUUGAAUGUGACUCAGGACUAUUCAACGUCUAGAAUGUCUGUUCCGCGUUACAGUAGUGUCAUUUUGAAUGUAAUAUGUUACUGGAAC